ACCUAGUUUUCCUACCAUAGCACUGAUAGCUGUCCGGCUUCUCUCGUCACUAAUUAGCAAAGUCUGUGAUAAAACGUCAAUUGUCGAAAAUGGCUGAUUCUCUUGAUCUUGUUAACCGUGAUCCAAACAACAUCAACAAUCAUUUGCAAUGUUCCUUUGAAGACGUUUUGGCCGAACCAGAGGGGACUCACAGUAUUGACUGCGUGUGGAAACUAUCCUACUCAUGCUUCAACUUCUGGAAAGGCUGUUGCUACAAGCUGUCCACAAUACUCUGCGGUAUAUGUAUUGCUGCUGAAUGGGGAUGUGAAUUUGCUGGUGUAUCUUUCUACCAUAUCUGGUUCUUCACACCAUGCUUCAAGAUGCUCGACCUCAAUUGCGGGUGUAUGAAAAAGAUGUACAACCAAUGUGUGUCAUGUUGUGUCGAGCCAUGCUGUAUGGCAUGUGGUCAGCUCUUCCAUAACUUCAAAAAAUAACAAACUGUGUUUCUACAUGUUGAAAAAAGGAAUAUGUGAUAAAACUAUUAAAAGCUAUAUAUUUAUGAAUACAAAAACACUUAUAUGAAAGAUAAAUUAUGGUUAUAGUUCAUUGACAACUGAAGAAACAUCCUUAUUCUUGUACACAAAAUACGAAUGUAAAAGUAAAGUUUUGUUUCAAAUACUAUUCAUAUCAAACAUAUAUUAGUAUUAAAAUGACUAAAAUUUGUUCCGAACAUAAUUAUGUUGUAUGUGUUUUCUAAAUAAUGCUCAACCAUAACGGGUUUUCUCAUUUGAAUGUAAGUAAGUACUAUUAAAUGCUUUAAUAAAUUUGUUGAUUAUA